AUGGCAUCCCAUGUGGUGGUCAUAGCCACGGACCUACGACGGGCUACCGUCAAGGUCACGCCCGUGACUUACAUGAUUGAUGUUCUAGACGAAGCUUGCAAGAAGUUGAACCUUUCCAGCGACAAGUACCUACUCAAGCAUCAGAACAAGCAGCUCAACCUCGCGGAUCCUUUCCGAAUCGCAGGCCUAAGCCCAGGCGCCAAAUUAGAUCUCAUCGUCAAGUCAAACAGUCCCUCAGUUGUCACAGUCGCUCUGAAGCUCCCAGAGUCGGAGUCGAGGCUCGGCAUACCGAACGGCCGUGUCACAGAGAAAGUCAGAAGCGACACGUCACUAUGGAAGCUGCUACGGCAGUUCGAGAGCACCGGCGCGGGCGCACAAAAGGGGCUCAACAUCACAGCGAGAGGUAUACCUCAGACGAGUAAUGGCGCUGGUAGUGGAAGUGGCCAGCUGUUCUGGGAGACACCUGUGCUGCAGGUCAUAGGAAGGGAGUUCUCGACUCUGGCAGACUUCCAGAAGAACCUGUCGCAGAUCGGCAUCAACUCCGGAAACCACCUGAUGCAGUUGUCGUUCAAGCGGACGGAGACGCCGUUGCAUGUCGCGAUGCAGGAGGUUGAGCGGUACUUCAAGGACGUGACGGAUGCAAAGUCGGCUGCACCGGCGGCUGCGCCCGUGGCUGAUUCGACCGGCGGACUGAAGGCCGACACUGGUGCGCAAUCAGCCGCUAUUGUAACGGCCACUUCUUCGGCAGCAGCUGUCCCUGAGCAGACACAAGCGAUUCCGGCCGCGAACCGCAGCGAACAAGCUCAGCCAACUGAUGCAGUCCCAGUGGCCGCUCUUGAUGGCUCAAGUGCUAUUCCAGCUGCGACGUCAACGCCGGCAGACCCUCUGCAACCCACUGCUGUUUUCUCGCCAUCAUCGUCUUCAACACCGGCAGCUGCUAGAAUUCAGGAUCCCGAUUCCUCAUUUGUGCCGAGUAUCGCUCAUGCGAAACUGCACCAGCAUCACCUGCUCCAGCGUACACAAAAUAAGCGACUCAAGUCGGACCACGAAUUGGAGGCUGACGCGGCUGUCCGAGAGGCAAAGCUGGCGGCUAUCAAGGACAUUCGAGUCAAGGUGCGCUACCCGGAUGGUUAUCAGACACAGUGGAUUUAUGGUCACGGGGCCACGGGAGCUACACUGUAUCAGGCUGUCCGGAGUGUCAUGCGUCACGCAGACCAACCGUUCAAGCUCAGCCUACCGGCUGGGGGUCCGGUGAUUGACGAUGGUCCCAAGCAUCUGAUCAAGGGUUACGGUCUGCGGGACACGAUGGUCAAUUGUACAUGGGCCGACAGCGUGCCAGCUACUGUUCGGAAGGAACCGUUCCUCAAACAGACAGUAACAAAGGCCGCCCAGGAGGUGAAGAUGCCCGAGUUGCCCAAUGUUGAGUCGGACGACGAGGAAGAACAACCCGCAAAGGCUCCACCCGUCAAGAAGGGCGGAGAUGACGAUGGCGAUAAGAAGGGCAAGAAACUGCCCAAGUGGCUCAAGUUGCCGGGGAAGAAGUGA